CCCAGCCACCUUCUAUUUAGCGGAGCGGCUGUUGCCAUUGCCCAUGAGAACCCACCACCGCCCCUCUGGGAGAGGAUCCAAGCAGAGUGGAUUCCCAUGGGGCUGCCACAGUGCCUGGCAGCUGCCUUCCUCUUCCUCUUCCUCCUCCUCCUUCUCCUGGGUGUGAGCACUGGCCAGCGGGUGGUGACUGUGCAGGAGGGACCCCUCUACCGCACGGAGGGGUCCCACGUCACCCUGUGGUGCAAGGUGAGCGGCUACCAGGGCCCGGCGGAGCAGAACUUCCAGUGGUCCAUCUACCUGCCCUCGGCCCCCGAGCGGGAGGUGCAGAUCGUCAGCACCGUGGACCCCUCCUUCCCCUACGCCAUCUACACCCAGCGUGUGCGCAGCCGGGGCAUCUUCGUGGAGCGGCUGCAGGGGGACGCCGUCCUGCUGCACAUCACCGAGCUGCAGGACCACGACGCCGGCCAGUACGAGUGCCACACGCCCAACACCGACGAGAGGUACUUCGGCAGCUACAGCGCCAAGACCAACCUCUCAGUGAUUCCAGACACACUCUCGGCUUCCAUGGCCCCCCAGGCCCUCACUCUCAUGGAAGGGGAUGCGGUGGAGCUUACCUGUGAGGUGUCCAAGUCCACAGCCCAGCACACACAUCUCUCAGUUGGCUGGCACCUUCUUCAGGGAGCAGCAGGAGAGCACCGUGCCAAGGAGAUCCUCACCCUCUCCAAGGACUUCAUCCUGAAGCCAGGGCCCUCCUAUGAGCAGAGGUUUCUGGAGGGGGAUGUGCAGCUGAACAAGGUUGGGAACAGCACCUACAAGCUUGUCAUCAGGAGGGUGAAGCCAUCUGACCAGGGACAGCUGUACUGUGAGGCAGCCGAGUGGAUUGAGGAUCCUGAUGAGACGUGGAAGGACAUCUCCUGCAAGCAAACAGAGAGGACUUCGCUGGCAGUUGUGAGCCAGGGCAGAGACCUCUCCGUGGACAUCGCCGCUGCUGAGCGCUCCCUUUCUGAAGGGGACACCCUGCAGCUCACUUGUGUGGUAGGAGCCCCAAAGAACAGCAGCAGGCACUUUAAAGUGAUUUGGCUCCUCAAUGAGAUGGAAGUGGCCAAGGUUGACCCCCAUGGGGUAUUGAUUUGGGAGGAAGGAUAUCAGGAAAGAGCCAAGCUGGGGCAGCUCCGAGCAUUCAAGCCAAGCAACGCAGUUUAUGUGCUCAGCAUCUCUGAGGUGGGGCUGGAGGACAAGGGCACGUACCAGUGCUCUGUGUCGGAAAUGAAGACUCCUGGAGACUUGCACAGCAUCCAGACCAAUGUGUCAUCAGGCAUACAAGUCAAUGUGAAGCCAGUAGGUCUGGGUCUGCACGCCACGCUGAGCAGCCGAAUUGCCACCGUCAGUUACGGGCAGAGUUUUGAGCUCUUCUGCCAAGUGAACGCCAGCUACACCCUGGAGGAGGUGCCAGCGUCUGUGAGGUGGCUUUUCCUGCCCAGCCUGCCCACGGGUCCCUUUCAGGAGCUGGUCAGGGCCUUUCCCAGUGGCACUGUGGUCUGGGGGACAGCACAGCCACACCUCCAGGGGAAAGCCCAGCUGGUGAAGGCUGACACCUCCUUCAGGCUGCGCAUCCACAGCGCCUUGCCUGCCAACGAGGGGACGUACCAGUGUGAGGUGGAGGUCUGGAGGAGGAACAUCCUGCCCCUGGGGCAGCCAGCAGCCAGCACCAGCUCCAAUGCCGUGGGAAUAAAAGUGGUGCUGCCAGAAAGCAAGCUUCAGGUUGCUACGCAAGACAGCUCUGUGGAAAUUGCCAGUGGUAACGCAGCCAUUGAGUGCAGGGUUGUGUUUGCCCCGAAAAAUUCGCAGUUUGCUGUUACCUGGUACCUCCUGCCUCCUCUGGCAGAUGCGACGCCCCUGCAAAUCAUCAGGGCCAGCUACAGCAGCAUACUGGAAUACGGGUCUGAAUUCAGCUCUCCUGCACAAAAGUCCCGGUUCCUAAGCCAGAGGGUGUCCAGCAACACAUUCCAGCUGCAGAUUCUGUCUGCAAACCUCGGGGACCAGGGCAGGUACUACUGUGUGGUAGAGGAGUGGCUCUGGCUGGUGGAUCGCUGGUACAAGCUCGGAGAGGGAGCAUCGGGAAGGACCACGCUGAGGUUCAGACUCCCAGAGCGCGAGCUGCAGAUGGAGAGAACCAACAGCAGCAUCUCCGCGAGGGAGGGCGAGGAGGUGACGCUGCCCUGCCGGCUGCAGGGUGCCCUCCUGCCCGGCACACACCUCUCAGCCACCUGGUUCCAGGUGGGGAGCAGUGGCCGUGACAGCUGCCUGCUGACCCUGCACCACGAUGGCACCGUGGAGUACCCGCAGGAGCGCCUGGCAGGGCGGCUGUACCUCCGCCGCCCCUCCGCUGGCGACUUCAGCCUGACGCUGCUCAGCGUGGAGAGGGGAGAUGCUGGGGCCUAUUACUGCCAGCUGCAGGAAUGGCAGCAGCAGAGCGAGGGGAAGGACUGGGCUCUGCGAGCCUUGGCACGCUCUGGGUACACCCAGCUCGCCACCAUCCCGCCAGAGUCAACUGUUUUGUCUAGGAUCUGCUCAUCCCCACCACUGCUGAACUUCAUCUUAUACUUACCAUUGGUUCUGAUCCUUUUCCUGGCCCUUGCUGUUUUCUGCUGGUACUGCAAAUUCAGGAAAAACAAGAAGGGCAACAUCACAGGAUGGAUGAUGGAACUGGAAGGGAAAGAAGAGGUCAAGAAAACUUAGCUGGUCUGUAGAGGCAGAUGUAACUUGGAGGAGCAGAGCUGGACAGCUGAGGAGGACUGAGCACUUGCAGAGGGGCUUUUUAUGGGUUUGUAGUAGCUCUUGCAAUAAAUCCUUGAGAUUGUGUGUUUGCUUUUGAUGGAAUGAAGCAGCUUUGGAAUUACUAAGCAAACAGGGUUUUCCUAACAAGUGUUUCUGUCCUUUAGGUUAGAUACUCACCCAUUUCCUACUCUGUUUGUUGUGGUGCA